AUGCCAUAUCCUAAGAUUUGUAAAUUGAGCCGUUCGAGUGCAACGGUUGAUGGUGGCGUGAAAAUGAUUUUGCUAUGUAAAAAAAUAGAAAAAGAAGAUAUACAAAUAAGAUUUUUUGAGGAGAGAAAUGGACAACUAUUCUGGGAAGGAUACGGCGAUUUUGAACCGACGGAUGUACAUGAACAAACUGCAAUAGCGUUCACAACGCCUCGAUAUUAUACACAAGAAGUGGUAGAGCCGGUGCAGGUGUAUAUUCAACUUAGAAGGCCAUCGGACAGUGCUAUGAGCGAACCUCUACCGUUUUCAUUGUUACCAAAUAUGGUUAUUUCAUGGACCGAAGGGCCAUUAGUCGCACAACAGGAAAGUAACUUAUCUCGUAAUGAAUUUAACAGUAACGAAAACGCGAAAAGAUCGAACUUUAUGAUUUCUGUAAUAAGAUUUUUUGCGUGCUGUAAACGAUUUGUGUUGAGAUAUAUACGUAUCAAUUUGAUACGUUCGAUGCUCGUUUUUUUCCCAAAUAGCAGACUGAUGUCGAAAGGCGACAUAGAGACGUCUAUAUAUGGUCAUUUUUUG